AUGGCCGCAACGACAUCCAAAAUCGAUGAUUCUAUGCCGGCGCGCAUAUCAUCCGAUUGCCCUGAAGAAAUUCGGGAAGUCCUCUACCAUGCUUGGGGCCAUGACAGGAGUGGCUUGAAGCAGCUCCUCAAAACAACUGGCAAGGCCACUGCCCAGGACCCCAAGACUGGAGAGACACCCUUGCAUGCAGCCAUCCGUGCUUGCGGGCCUGCUUCCCCCGAUGAUGACGGCCAGGAGGAAGACGGCUCAGUUGAGGAGGCCAAGGACAUAGUCCAUGAUCUCUUCCUUCAGGGUGCCAUCUGGAACGAUGUCGACAGCAACAACGAGACACCAGGUUGUCUUGCCCUCAGACUAGGUCGCAAGUCUCUUUAUCAGCUUUGUAUCGAGGCUGGAGUUCGAGCAGAGCUUCUGUUCGCUCUCAUGGGGGAUUACGAGGAGCUGUCAUCUGGUUCAGAGGAUGGUGACGACGAGAUGGAGGUCCAGCAGGACGACGACGAAGAGGCUCCUCAGCUGGUUUCCACCACCGAGGACGUCGAACCUACCGUAGAAGAACCCAAGUUUAUCCCUCCUGAUGCGAAAGAGAAGCAAGUCACAAGCGAGGAGUAUCUCAACUCGAAACUGGUAUACGACGAUGCCAAGCUCGUGGAUUCCGAUCUUAAUGGUGUCAUGAUGGCAUGGGAGACGGACAUCAUGCGCCGUUCCGUUGCCGCUCUUAUCCCAGAUUCAGCUCCGGGUAAGCGCAUCCUUAACAUUGGUUUUGGCAUGGGCAUUGUCGAUGGUAUGUUUGCUGAGCUCAAGCCCUCGCGCCACCACAUUAUCGAGGCGCACCCCAGCGUUCUCGAGCACCUUUCCAAGGACGAGUCCAAGUUUGGCCCAAGCUGGGAGAAGAGCGGACCUGAAGAGGGUGCUUUCAAGGUUCACAAGGGCAAGUGGCAGGACAUUGUGCCCAAGCUACUUGAAGAUGGCGAGAUCUACGAUGCCAUCUACUUUGAUACCUUUGGUGAAGACUACUCACAGCUACGUUACUUCUUCUCCGAGUGCAUCAUCGGUAUCAUGGACCAAGAAGGCAAGUUCAGCUUCUUCAACGGACUUGGAGCCGACAGGAAAAUCUGUUACGAUGUAUACACCAAGGUAGUCGAGAUGCAGUGUGCUGAUGCCGGUCUUGACGUUGAAUGGGAAGAGAGCGAUGUGGACAUGUCUGGUCUAGAAAAGGCCGGUGAGGGAGAAUGGGAGGGUGCUGCCGACAGCCUUGAUUGA